CGUGCAGUCAAUACCCCAUCGCAACCUCAGGCUGCGUUCAGAGAGUUUUCAUCUUUUGCGAUUUCUUUGUGGAGAUCCACAACCGGCACCUUGGUAAGGAGGUUAUCAUACCCAAAUACCCAAUCAUGGUCCAAGCGAAGUCAUGGAUCCUGGCCAAGCACUUUGACGGCUUCCCAAAGGACAGUGACUUUGAGCUCAAGGUGGAGGAGCUUCCCGAACCCAAAAAUGGGGAGGUGCUUUUGGAGGCUGUGUUUCUCAGUGUCGACCCGUACAUGAGGCCGUUCAGUAGGGUUCGCAUGAAAGAAGGCGAUGUGAUGAUAGGCAGUCAAGUGGCCAAAGUGAUCCAAAGUAACAACCCAGCAUUUCCCGUGGGAAGCCAUGUUGUUGGUCGUUGUGGCUGGAGAACCCACACAGUCUGUGAUGGGACAGACCUCGUUCCCAUCAUGUCUGAUUGGCCUCAAGAUGUUUCGUUGUCACUGGCUCUGGGUGCCAUCGGCAUGCCAGGACUUACAGCACUGUAUGGGAUCGAGGAGGUCUUGGGACUCCAGAAAGGUGAAACCCUGUUGGUAAAUGCUGCAGCAGGGGCAGUGGGCUCUGUGGUGGGCCAGAUUGCCAAGAUAAAAGGUUGUAAGGUAGUGGGUUCAGCAGGGUCUGAUGCAAAGGUGGCCUUCCUUAAGGAGCUGGGCUUUGACGAGGCCUUCAACUACAAGACUGUUGGCUCCCUGGAGGAGGCACUGAAGCGGGCUUCUCCAGAGGGAUAUGACUGCUUCUUUGAAAAUGUGGGAGGUCCUUUUUCAACCGUUGCCUUGCAACAGAUGAAGAACUUUGGAAGAAUAGCUGUGUGCGGAAGUAUUUCUGUGUACAAUGACAGCACGCCUCAAACAGGCCCGUACCCUCAUCUGACCAUGAUCUUCAAGCAGCUUAAGAUGGAGGGCUUCAUGCAGAGCAGGUGGCAGCACAAGAACCCCGAAGCCCUCAAGAGACUAAUGGGAUGGCUGAGGGAGGGCAAACUGCAGAGUCGGGAGCACAUCACAAAAGGCUUUGAAAACAUGCCAGCCGCUUUUAUGGGGAUGCUCCAAGGAGACAACAUCGGCAAGGCUAUCAUCGCAGCCUGAUGUGGAACACAGGCUCAGCAGAGAUGGAGCAGUAUUACCAAUAUCUGAAACAUUAUUACAGAAUUCAUACAUGAAGGACUGAGCAAUAGACACAUACAGCUAACCAUAUAAUUUCAUAGUAGCACAUCUAUAGUAGUUUGUUUCAGUAUUUUUGUAGUCACAAUAAUAAAACAUUAUAGAUGAAAGCACUCUCAAUUUAGUCGUGAAGAAAUGUGAUUUAUCAUUUUAGCAUUAGUUCAUAAUUCACUCUUACAGGAUUAAAUCGGAAACAAUUCAUCCUCUUAAGGUUCUGAAAUUGUAAUGAUUUGUCUGAGGCAGAACUCUUUUGCUAAGUUUGGUGGAUUUUCAUUCAUUGAAAGGUACUUUUUUUCAACUUUUUUUUAUACUAGUAGCACUUACAGAUUUUGAGUUUUUACUUCUAAUACUGUCAUUUAUUGUAACAUAAUAAACCACAUCCUUUGUAUUUAGUGAGAGCUUUAAAUACAUAAUAAAAAUUGUUUGGCUUUU